AUGAAAAACACGAAGAUGGCCAAGAGCACCAAAGAAGGGGGACAAACACCCGUCGUAGGUUUUCCCCUGGGGGACUGCCAUGACCAGCAGGAGGCAAGCAAGGCAACCCGCCCAGAUGCAGCAGUGGCAGGUGUAGACGUAGCACCAGCAGUAGUACCAGCAGUAGCAUCAGCAUUAGCAGAUGCAGCAGUAGCAGAUGCAGUAGCAGAUGCAGUAGCAGAUGCAGCAGUAGCACCAGCAGUAGCAUCAGCAUUAGCAGAUGCAGCAGUAGCACCAGCAGUAGCACCAGCAGUAGCAGAUGCAGUAGCAGAUGCAGCAGUGGCAGGUGUAGACGUAGCACCAGCAGUAGUACCAGCAGUAGCAUCAGCAUUAGCAGAUGCAGCAGUAGCACCAGCAGUAGCAGAUGCAGUAGCAGAUGCAGCAGUAGCAGAUGCAGUAGCAGAUGCAGCAGUAGCAGAUGCAGUAGCAGAUGCAGCAGUAGCACCAGCAGUAGCACCAGCAGUAGCAUCAGCAUUAGCAGAUGCAGCAGUAGCACCAGCAGUAGCAUCAGCAUUAGCAGAUGCAGCAGUAGCACCAGCAGUAGCAGAUGCAGCAGCAGCAUAUGCAGCGUCAGCGUCAGCGGCGGGAAGGCGCGCUGGAGGCAUAAGCAUCUUCAGCGACCAACUAGACAGCGCGCGCGAAGAUGCCCCCAACGAGAACCCAAAUGAAGGCCAGCUGUACAUCCUAGGGGAUUGCUCAGGAAAUUUAGACAAUUCAAAUAUUUGGGUGGAAUAUAAGACGGACGACGGACAGGUGCAGCAGGAGAGUGGGCAAGAAGCUGAAAGGGACCUUCGUGCAGAAGGCAAUCUGGUUAGAUUCAAUAUGGUUCAAGGUAAACUCGCUCUUCCUAUUCCCUAUAUGCCCUCCCCUGUUAGCACCAGUCCUUGUGCAGUUUCCCAUGUAGAGAAUCUAUCCAAUGGUGUCGUCUCAAAUGAUAACACCCCCGUUGGUUACCUGCACGAUGCACACACCCCCAGUGGAGUCGCCUCGAUGGAGGUGGACGAAAUUUCCCGUUACCUCAUCUCUGGAAAGGACUCGUUCGUGGAACGAUCGAAUCGGGAGUGCGCUGCUCGGGAAGAGGUUGGGAACGCCGAGGGGGAGCUGCAAUUCAAGCUGAAAGUGGAAGAGGAAGCGGAGGUGGAGGAGGAAGCCAAGUUGGAGGUGAAGGUUGAGGAGGAAGAGGAAGAGGAAGCGGAGGAGGAUAGCAGCGGCAAGGUGGCGGAGCGUGGAAUGGCCCUCAGAAACCGCAUGAUCUGCGGCAUCACGGAGAACGGCAGAGAAGCGAAGAGAAAGUACAAUAAAACGUCGUCGAGGAUGUCGAAUGGGGGAAACGCCAAGAAGGGAAAGAAGAGCAAGAAGAGAAGCAAGAAGAGCAGCGAGGGGAGCCCUUCGAAGCACAGCGAGGGGAGCCCUUCGAAGAACAGCGAGGGGAGCCCUUCGAAGAACAGCGAGGGGAGCAGUGCGAAGAACGACGCGGAUGACCUCGAGAUCGUCCAGAACGACGAGAAUGACGAGAACGACGAAGACGUGCAGAACGGCGUGGCUGACGUGGCUGACGUGGCUGAGGUGAAGAGCAACAAGAAGAGAAGCAAGAAGAGCGGCAAGAAGUGGACCAACAAGAGAAGCAAGAAGAACAGCGCCAAGAACGUGCAGAACGUGCAGAGCGACAUGGCUGACGUGGAGAACUGGGAGAACGGGGAAAACGGGGAAAACUGGGAAAACGUGCAGAACGUGGAGACCUACGCGCAGAACGGGGCCAACGUGCAGAACAGCGGGGCCAACGCACAGGACAAAAAGAAGAGCCGUAAGAGGAAAUAUCAGAAGAAAAAUAAGAAAAACAAGAAGAACGCGGAGGGCUUGGAAAGCGACCUGGAGAUCGUGGGGGAUGCCAUGGAGCAUAUCGUGGAGAACGGGGGCAACGCCGCGGAGGGAAGAAAUGACCUGCUUCUGUCGAAUAAAGCGCCAAAGCGGAAGAUCCAAGUACUCGAUUUUGCCGAGCUGAAGACCAACUAUGGCAUCUGCCCAGACCAAACGCUGAUCUCCUUGCGCAAGUAUUGGGAUGAUGUAAUCUACAAGGGCAUGUGCAAGGCGUUAAGCACUGCUGAAAGGGAUGUGCUGAACGUGGGUAACUUGUGUAGACAUAGGGGCUUUUCACAGUACAGCGUGUUGGAGGAGGAGAAGAAGAAGUGGAGCGGAGAUGCGUCCCCUGGUUUGGGGAAGAAGGAGGGGUCCUUUGACGAGUUCUACGUUCUGAACAUGAUACUCAGCCUGGAGGAGCUCUCCCGAGAGGGGGGCUGCGCCGACCUGGAAGAAGUGGUAGGGGAUGCGGUAGGAGACAUGCGGGGAGGCAUGAUGGGAGGCAUGAUGGGGGGUAUGAUGGGAGGCAUGAUUAGAGACUUCACUGGAGACAUUAUGGGCGGCAUGAUGGGAAGCAUGAUGGGAGGCACGAUGGGAAGCAUGAUGGGAGGCACGAUGGGAAGCAUGAUGGGAGGCACGAUGGGAAGCAUGAUGGGAGGCACGAUGGGAAGCAUGAUGGGAGGCACGAUGGGAAGCAUGAUGGGAGGCACGAUGGGAAGCAUGGUGAGAAGCAAGAGGAGACGCAUGAUUAGAGACUUCACUGGAGACAUUAUCGGCGGCAUGAUGGGAGACAUAACCAGCGGCGUGCUUGGAGACGCGCCAGAAGACAUGCCUGUAGACGCGCCAGAAGACAUGCCUGUAGACGAGCCAGAAGACAUGCCUGUAGACGCGGCAGAAUACAUGCCCGUAGAUGCGGCAGAAGACAUGCCUGUAGACGCGGCAGAAUACAUGCCUGUAGACGCGGCAGUAGACAUGCCUGUAGACGCGGCAGUAGACAUGCCUGUAGACGCGCGGCUGAACAAAACGAGGCUAGCCGUCGUGGCGUACUUCAAAGAGGUGAUGAGGAUAGACGUGCGGCAGUGCACCGUGCGCGAGGGCAUCUUCAUCGUAACCUUCUUCGUGAUGAUGAAGGCGGCGUCCACAUUGCUGCUUAACAAGUUCUCCCCGCUGUUUAUGAGCAACCUGAGCAGGCUGAGUGAGAAGCAGGUGCUCCUGCUCCUCUAUCUGUAUGGAAGCCGGUGCGACUACUUCUUCAACAUUAUUAACGUGCUGAAGGUCCUCUAUUUGAAUAAGAGGCUGUAUUUGCAAAAUGAGGUGAUCCCCCCCCGCAGGGGAAGCGCUGCCACUAUGAAGUUGAGGGACAACGCCUCAUGGGUGAAGGGUAGCACCUCAUGGGAGAAGGACAGCACCUCAUGGGUGAAGGACAGCACCUCAUGGGUGAAGGACAGCACCUCAUGGGCGAAGAAGCACAAGACGGAGGUGCUGGAAUAUUGUCGCUGCAGAUACUUCAAAGUGCUGAAUAGAGACCGCCUAGAUCUUGCUUUCCUAAACGUGUGCCUCAAGCAUGGCAUAAGUCUAAACCAGGAGCUAAGAUUCUUUUACCAAGAGAGGGAGGAACAUGCAUGCUACUACCGAGGGGCUUACUACAUGAAAGUGCUCGAAUGCUUUUGCAAACUCACCAAAAGAAAUGAUGCAAAUCUGCUGAUCAUGGCUCUGAAGAAGCCUCCAUUUUCUCUUAAAAAAAUUAUGCCCUACAAAAUGGACGCCUAUUUGAGGAAGGCCUUACUAAUGAAGGGCAGACCCAACUGUGCAAGUAGUUUCUUCGAAUUAAAAAAUUUAUUGAUGUACCUAAACAGGAUAGACAGCCUUUUCUUUUUCAAUUGUGUGAGGAAGUGCAUUGAAGGGGAGAGUACUUUCCAGGCAAUCACUCACACGGAAGUGAAGGAACAUGAGGGGGGCAUCGCAUCCUUUCCUAUGCAUGGGCUUGUUCAAAUGAACCAUUCGGGGAAGCGACCUCACUCAUAUAUAGAACAAUACAAUCAGCAGGGUAGGAAGAAACGCAUCGCCCAAGUGGGGUCGUCUACCACAUUUGCAGUCCACUCAAGAGAGAAUACCCCUACUUCGAAAAGGCCAUCAACGUGUAAAGCGCAAAACGUUUACUGCAUCUCUGCAUUUUACGUCACGCUGAACCACAUGAUGAGAUUCGUUUUGCUCCCCAUUUUUCGCUCGCCGGAUUUGUUCGUGCAGUUGGGGAACACCCAGUUUCCGAGGAAGCGGCUGUUCCUCCGCGAGAACGACGUGCUCAUGGACUGCGCCACUUACGUGCAGGAGUGCUGCCAGGAGCGCCUCAAGAGCUCAGCGUGUGAGGCGGCCUGUGAGGCGGCAUGUGAGGCGCCAUAUGGAGCGGCAUAUGGGGCGGCCUAUGAACCGGCAUAUGGGACGGCAUACGAGUCACCACACCAGCUGCCGCGCGGGUUGGCCUACGAGCGGGCCUACGAAUCGGCGAGGGGGUCCAAUUCCUCGUGCGUCUCGCCAUACGGCUCGCCGUACGGCUCGUCGCGCGCUUCGGAAGUCGAGCGAAAGUUCGUGCAGGAGAGGGUGCACAUGGGGAUGUCAGCUGGAAUGGAUGCUGACUCUGCGGGGGACGACUCGCCGUUCGCGCAGGAAGACAUGAGUGCCCGCUGCAGGUGGCCGUGCGAGGACGAGCCGCGCAGGACCAAGCAGCGGUUGGCGCUCUUCCUGGGAGACAAGAAACGUGCAAAUAAAAUUGGGCGCUACGACAGAAGAGUGACUAUAAGGAAAAUCCCCCUGAGCCUUUUUACCAACUGCAUUUUGUUUAUUAAUAAUUAUGUGAAGGAGCUAGCCAUUGACCUGGACCAAAAUAAUAUAAUGCACGAAGAUAUCCUAUACACCCUGCAGUACUCCUACCUGAAGUACCUCGUGCUGUUGAAUUCGCUGGAAAAGGACGGGGAUGAUGGAGCUACCGAUCAGGUCAGCCAGGAAAAAUACGCGCGCUUUAAACGACGUGUGCUCAUGCUAGCGGAGAGAAUCAUCCCCCCCUGUUUUAAGAACCUUGGAGAAGUGGGCAACGACGUAAGGAUGCCUCUCCCUAUUUUGGAAAAACCGGUGGACAGCGGGAUGAAGCAGCUACCCAAGAGUGCGGCGUACGCAGAGGAGGGUCGAAAAGGGGGCCGAGCGGGCCGAGCGGACAUAGCACACAGAGCGGACAUAGCGGACAUAGCACACAGAGCGGACAUGGCGCACAUGGCGCACAUAGCGCACAGAACUCACAUAGCGGACGGUGUAAAGUGGCACUGCUCGGAGAAACGCAGAUCCUGCGGCUCCACCGGUAAAGACGCCACCCGCUCCAUUUUGCAUUGCAUUUUCCGCAUCUUCGUCCAGUAUAUCAAACACGACUCUCUUGUAGUGCCUAAAAUAAAAAGGAGAAGCUGGAGUGACCGUAGAAUCUCAUUUAUAAAGGUGAUGAUUUACACCCUCACCUGCUAUAUAAACAGCCUCUGUUUGCAUGAAUGGGAUUAUUUUGAUUUCAUGUCUCAGAAGUACUUUCCCCAUCUUCACAUUUUGCCCAAUUGGGAUAGCAUUAACUUGGGAGAGGAGGAGUCACAGAAGAUGAAAGCGUUCCUCAUUUCUUUAGGGGAAGUCAUCGAGCACGUUUGUAGUUAUAUAAAUAUUUGCCUGCCACAUAUACGGAACAUGAAAGGGUCUCCAGAUAGGCUUAUUGGCGUGACUAGAUAUCUCUCGAUGUUCCUCGUGCCCUUGCACUACCACGUGUUCUUCGAGCGGUGCUAUCGCUUUUAUGGGAGUUCACUACAGCAAGGGGGGAAGCCGCCCCGCGCGCGUAGCAGUGCACACAACCGCAUGGACGACCGCACGCACAACCGCAUGGACGACCACUCGCAUAACGACUCGCAUAACCUCUCUGGCACGGACACCAGCGAUGGCGACGCUCUCCAGAAAAUGGGUCCCGUAAAGCAGAACAAACUAAUUUUGUUUUAUGAGCAAAGUUUAAAAUGCUACCUCAAUGUAACCCUCGACAGAGAUCCCAAUCUCUUGUCCAUGGACACCCUAGCCAUUCGAUUUGACACGAUGGCUCGCAUACUAGUGGUCUUCGUUCUGAAUGGAUUCCCCAGGGGCUGUAUCAUCGAAGACCUCAACAGAGUAAUGGCUCUCCUUGAAAGGAAUUUUAAUAAUGUAAAUCCCAAGCUACACCACAUGAUCUUCAGCGCCUGUCAGAACCUCCUUCACCAACGCAGACUCCUCCGCAAUUGCAAGAGGUUGAACUUCCGCAUCUGCACCAUGCUCUGCAACUACAUCGCCUCCGCGCAGUAG